AUGGUGAGUACGCAUGCGUUUCUUCUGGCUGCUCUGGCGGUGCUCGGUCUGUUGCUGCUAAGUCUAAGUGCUGCUGUUGGAUACAAGACUUACAACGUUCUCGACUUUAAGGCCGUGGGUGAUGGCCAAACUGAUGAUACUAAUGCGUUCGUACAAGCAUGGGCAGCAGCUUGUGCAGAUACCAGAUCACCGGUGAUUCUCGUCCCUUCAGGGAAGACGUUCUUGAUAGGUGAAAUAACACUGUCGGGCCCCUGCAAAUCCAGCAUUGAUUUUCGGCUACAAGGGGACAUUGUGGCACCAAAUUCGAAGUGGACGAACGAUAAGGCCAGCUUGUUGACCUUCACGUACGUGAACCGUCUGAUCGUGCACGGCUACGGGCAGAUCGAUGGCAGAGGCCAACUCUGGUGGGACCUCUUCGACAAAAAGACCUUAGCCUUCCAUCACUGCAACGAUCUUUAUGUGAAAGGAAUAACGAUAAAGAACGGCCCCGAUAAGCAUAUGACCUUCUUCAAAUGCGUCGGCGUGAAGAUUAGCUGGGUCAAGAUAACAGCGCCGGGCGACAGCCCCAACACAGACGGGUUGUACUUCUCCGGGUGCCAGAACGUCGACGUCUCCGGCUCAAUUAUCGGAACAGGAGAUGAUUGCGUAGCUAUCGGCCCCAACUGCUCAAAGAUCAACAUCAACUGCGUCCAUUGCGGCCCUGGCCAUGGCUUCAGCAUUGGAAGUCUGGGAAGGGAUGGUGCGGAACAAUCAGUUGAGAACAUUCGUGUAUCCAAUUGCAGUGUAAUGGAUGCUCUCACAGGCGCAAGAAUCAAGACAUGGCAGGGAGGAUCUGGAUAUGUCAGAGGCAUCGUGUUUGAGAAUAUGAGGAUCUACUCGGUUAAGACGCCAAUUAAGAUCGACCAAUUCUACUGUAAUGGUAACAUUUGCCAAAACCAAACCUCCGCGGUGGCAAUAAGCGACGUGCAGUUUGUGAAUAUUUCUGGGACGACCAUCAAGGAGAACCCCAUCAAAAUACUCUGCAGCAAGAGCGUUCCAUGUAAAGGCAUCCACCUGGAGAAUGUGAAGCUCUCCAUGGUUGGAGGGACAACUCCAGUGAAAUCUGUUUGCAUCAAUGCCAACGACUGCCAAUUCAUUCGAGUCGACCCAGACGUCCAAUGUGUUGCUGGAUAG